AUGUCGGGGAGAAAGGUCUUUCCCACCCGGAGGAAGGUGCGGGGGGAGCCCAACGGCGCUGCCCGUGGGACGGGGGUGUCGGGCAGGGCUCUGCCGGCAGCAGAUGCCUCCCCAUCUGCCCCCGAGCAGCAAUACCUCUUCGACAUCUCCAGCCUGCCCGAGGCAGAGGAGGUGACCGGCGCUGAGCUGCGGGUCCUGCGCUCCCUCCCUGAAAACCGGAGCUUGGCCCUGUCCCCCGAGGGCACCUUCCACCACCUCCUCCUCUCCACCUGCCCGAGCCGGGACGGCGAGGAGCCUCGGCUGCUGGACUCCCGGGCUGCGGGAAGUUUGGACCUGGGGUUCAGCAAGCCCCGGCCGCAGCCCCACGAGCGAGCCCUGCUCGUGGCCUUCUCCCGCACCCAGAGGAAGGAGAACCUCUUCAAGGAGAUCCGGGAUAAGAUCAAAGCCCUGGGCAGCCCCCCCUUCCUAGAGCCCCCCGAUCCCGGCCAGGAGGUGUACCCCAAGCGGAGGAAGAGGCGGACGACCAUACAGGCCCG